AAUGCAAAAAACACUUCAAAUACUUCAAUGAUUAUACGUUGAAUGCAAUAAUCAAUUUACAAUUGAAUACAAUAUAUAACACAAUAUGACUUCAUUUGUGGAUCUCAUUGAUGACAUCAAUUGGCACCGAAAUCGGGAAAUGAGGACAUACUCUGAAGAGACGGGUUUUGUAAUUGUUUCGGCGGAAGUCUUUUGGACGGAUCUGUUUGUCCGACACUUUAUAAAGGCUAAGGAUGUCUCUCACGACGACAUGUUAUUCUUUGUUAGGAAACAACAGAAGAAAAAAUCAAAAUUUGAAACCCGUAUUGAGGUGUUUCGUAAGGACUCGAAACGGUUGCCAAUCGGUGAGCCAGACAUCGAUUGGGAAGAGACUCUAUAUCUGAAUGUAAUUAUGCAAAAGUUUGAAUACACUAUCACUUGUGCUGUCUGUACCCGAACCAGUCCUAAGGAGUUACAGAUACUUAAAAAGUAUACACAAAAAGUGUUUGCAUCGCCCAGUCAUCGGGCAAUGGACUGCAAAGGUGUUACCGAAGAGAUCUCAUAUCCCGAUAUAUUUUUUACUGUCGAUAACUACGAUGAGCUUUUAUCAGAAGUACUGGUUAGAGACGGUGAGAUGGUUUGCGUUGAACUAUUGGCCACCGAUAAGACUGGUGAUGCCAAAGGUGUCAUAUUUCUUGGAUCCAUUCAAUAUCAGACACUUAAACGUAUUCACGAUCUAAGGGCGAGUGUCUCGACGCGAAUCUCCCGACGGACUCCAAAACCCUACUUUCAGGGACAACAACGCAUAGAAUUUGUGCGAAUGAAAGGUCCGGCCGGGAAAGGGAUCGCUGAAAUGGCUGUCGCCAAACAAAAGGGUGCCAAUUGUGAGACUCCUACCUCAGAGCCCGGCUAUUCACUGAGUAGUUUCGAGUUUGACGAUGAAAUGGAGGAAAACGAUUACACACAGAGACGUAUGUCUGAUCCCAGUUCUAACCUAAAGAACUAUAUCAGAGGUUGGCAGCAGAAGAGACAGAUCAAGAAAGCCAUUUCUGAACAGGAAAUCAAUAAUUGUGGACUCAAUGGGAUCAAUGAGAUUGAAGCCGGAGAUGUUAGGGAUGAGUUGGACGACUCGGCGUAUAACAAGAUGUGGUCAAUGCGUGGCUUCCGUCAGGCGUAUCACUUCUGGAAGGAGAAUAAGAGGGCCUCAUCUCCAGCUCUUCACUCAUUUAUCACUUAUAUAACGCUUCCGUGGCAUCACAUCGUUGCCGAUCUCUUCUCUAAUAGACAGCCAUCAAUACUCACAUUUGAAUUGAAUGAUAAUUGAUUUUUAAUAAAUCAUUUAUCUUUUAAUUUAAGCAUUUAUAAUAUAUUAUAAUA